AUGAUAUUAUGCCCAGAGGGAUAAGUAAGCAAUGAGCUUACACCAAAUAGAGAUAAAAUUGACAUGAUAAGAAGAGUUUUAUUGAUGAUUUGGUCUCUUUAAUUAUUUUUAGCGCUAUCCAAGAUUGUUGUUUCCUUUUGGCUUUGUUUAAGCGAAUUAAUUGCAUGCUUGAUUUUAUAUUUGUCUAUCACUCAAUUAAACUUUUGUAAUUGUGUUGGAUAUAUUGUUCUUUCAAUUUUUAAUCUAGUGGCAGUAAUAGCAUUUAUUGGUAAUCAACUUUGCCACAAUAUUGAUAUAAUCUAAGUAAAUAUGUUUAAAACUGUUGUCUGUUAUGCUACUAUGGGAUUUUAUUCCUUCUCACUACCAAUUGCUUUUUAGGGUUAUAAAAAUUUUAAAGGGAUUGUUUAUGAUAUGCUUUUAAGUCAGACAAAUUGUGAGUAGGAAUUUGUAACCAGAGAAAGUAAUAUAUCUAUAAAUGGUUUUUAGUAGCCAUUAAAAAUAUCUGAUUUAGAACCAUAAUCUCCUAAUGAGGAUACUACAAAAGUAGAAUCAUUUUCAAUUUCGAUUGAUGAUAUUAAUUAAAGUUUAAAUACAGAGAUAGAUUUGCAAGAUGCUAUUUGA